CAGCUUUCUUCUAUAGAAGAGAGUCGAUUUUUUGCAUCGACCGUCAGAGCCCACUCAUAUCAGGUUCAAGAGCACACUAUCGAUCUGUAGGUACUCAUCCUGGUACUCUACGAACCUCCUUUGAUCAUAGUCCAGAACGAUGUCCCCUCAAUAUCGACGCCCUCUUCCCUCCAAGGACACAGUCUUGACUCGCUACGGCGGAUGGAUUCCUGCUGACCCUGCGGUUUAUGAGGCCUUCUUCGAUGAUCUUCUGCGUUCCAUCGAUACAAAGAAGGCGCAUGUUCCCGCUGUGCAGGAGUUCGAAGAUGCUCUCAAUUCCGAUCCCGAAUUGGUUGACUUGCUCGGACAAACCUUUCUGCAAACUGCGCCCGAAAACAGGAUUCGGAACUUAGAACAGCUGCUUUAUUGCCUGGAUCAAGUUGUUGUCGCUGCGCCUAAAUUCCAGGUGGUCCGAAACGAACGGGGCGCAGUCACCGGUGGCGAGCCCAUCGGUGUCCCCUUGUAUCUUCUGUUCGACCUUCUCAGCAAUACUGCUGCGGGUUUUGAUCUAUUGCGCAUGCCUAAAUUCAAUAUUUCUUUGAAGUCCUUGCUUGACUCUUGGGGCGACUACCUUCAGAGCGCUGAGUCCAACAAUACGCUCAAUGAUAGUGAUGAAGGCUGGUUCGGUGAAGUCGGAUUAGCGACUCUCGAAAAUGACCGCGGCAUAUUCAAUGAAAUCUACGAAUGUCCCGAUGAGACUGCAGUCAACCGUGGCUUUACUUCUUGGGAUUCUUUCUUCACCAGGAAGUUCAAACCUAAUGCUCGUCCUAUUGAGAAGCCAGAGCCCCCCAAUUUUUUCAUCUAUAACGCUUGUGAAUCCACCGUGGUCCGUAAAACAACAGGAGUCGAAGAACACGACCAAUUCUGGCUCAAGGGUCAGGCUUACUCUAUCUAUGACAUGCUUGCGCGUCGCGACGACGAAGUUGCCGCUUCCUUCAUUGGUGGGACUGUCUAUCAGGCAUUCCUUUCUCCGUAUGACUAUCACCGUUGGCACAGUCCCGUGGACGGUACCAUUCGCGAAAUCCAGAUUAUAGAGGGAUCAUACUAUGCGGCGCUGCCUGAUGAAGGGGCCGGAGAGUCUGACUCCGAUUUGCAACUUGGCGAUCCUCGAGGUGCUAUAAUCCGCUCCCAGCCAUGGUUGACCCAAGCUUCUACCCGUGCCAUCAUCUACAUAGAUGCUGACAACAAAGAUGUAGGAUGCCUCGUAUUCAUUGGUGUUGGGAUGGUAGAAGUAUCCACUUGUCAGGUCAGUGUCAGCGAAGGACAGCACGUUAACAUUGGUGAUGAGCUUGGAAUGUUCCGCUUCGGUGGCUCGACCCAUGCACUCAUCUUUGGAAAAGAUGUCAAACUCAAGUUUUUUGAUCUUGAACAAGACAAGGGACACCGCCGCGUUAAUACUCCCUUAGCCGCACUUGAAAUCUAGGUGCACGAGUAACGAGGAGUAACGCGUCACUUGCAGCUAGAAGGUGAAUCAAUUAUCUCCCAGCAACAUCGACGAAAUCGUAUUCGGAUAUCCAUCUUAUAUGUACAGUAGCAGAGUCACAGUAAACAGAAAUUACGCGCGUAUAUGUGAUUUAUAUCGUCAAAAAAAACUAUGUGAGAUGAGAUAGGACCCCGGAAGCUCCUACUAAUAGACCCCAUCCGAAUUAGCGUACUUUG